GUAGUUGCGUUUAUUAUUUUAUCUAACUAUUGUUUUAUAAGUCAACAUGAAAACAAUAAUGAAUCUAGGAGAUCCCGAGCUAGAACUUAUUGACCCAACACCGAACGUUCACACUUUGUUUAUACACUUUGAUAAAAUGUUUUUCUGGACAAAACUGGCUAGCAGGGCUGUCGUUAGAUGGAGUAAAAGGAUGUACUCCUGCGCUGGCAUUUGCUCGUAUGAAGGCAGGGGUGGUCUCUGUGACAUUGCAUUGAGUGAACCUCUACUGAAGCUGCGGCCUCGUAAGGAUCUCAUCGAGACCCUGCUUCAUGAGAUGAUACAUGCCUUUCUAUUUGUUACCAAUCGAGAUCAAGAUAGAGAUGGUCAUGGACCAAACUUCCAGGCACAUAUGCAUCGGAUCAACAAGUCCGCUGGACUAAAUAUUAGCAUAUACCACAGUUUUCAUGAUGAGGUGAAACUUUAUCAAACUCACUGGUGGAGAUGCAAUGGUCGUUGCCAAACAGUGAGACCCCAUUUUGGAAUAGUAAGGCGAUCUAUGAAUAGAGCUCCAGGACCCAAUGACUUUUGGUGGGAGGACCACAAGAGAAAAUGUGGUGGGACAUUCAUCAAAAUCAAAGAACCAGAGAAAAAAGCCAGAGGCAAGGCAGCCCCUGUGACUAAACCAAAUGCAGACAUUACAAAAUACAUAACAAGUAACAUAAAAACAAUUAAUAACAUACCAAAUACUACUAAUAGUAAUAGUUCUAGCAAACCUGUGCUGAAGGAUUCAAGUAAUACAAAAGGUCACACUAACAUACGGUCAAAUAGCUCAAGUACUCUGGUAGUCAGUAAGAAAGGAGUUGUGUUCAAUCCCACUUCAGGGAAACCUCCAGCAAAACCUGUACCUCCUGUGCCACUUUUUACUGGCAGCGGCCAAACAAUUACAGGAAGAUCUCAAACCAAUGACAAUGUGACUGAAACAGUAAGAAAUAUAUGGGCCAACAAACAAAUACCCUUAAAGCCAAAUACUAGUCCAAUACUCCAAAAAACUAAUAAAGUUGUAGAUACUGGCACUAGAUCUAACAAAGACAGCAACAAAGUUGUAGACCUUAAUACUAAAAAGCAUAAAGCAGAUACUAAUAUAGAACCUCCAGCAAAAAUUAAGAAAAUUAGUGAUCAUGUGAAUGCAACAUCAAUACUAAAAGACUUGUAUGGUGAUGAUUAUAAAUUGACACAAUCCAAUGAUAGUAAAAAGUUAAUUGCUGUUAAUGUUAAAGUAGAUUUAGUUGCUUGUCCUAUAUGCAAUGGAAAAUUCAGUAAUGAAGAAAUUAAUAAGCAUUUAGAUGAGUGCUUGAAUAAGGACAUCAUUGAGAAACUGAGUAAGGAUGAAAUAGAAGAAAAUAAACCUAGUACAAGUAAAACAGAUAGUGUUCCUGCAAAAGACUUAGUUGAACCUGAAAGCAACAAUAAUGAUAAUAAUGUAAUAGACUUGACUUGGAUACACAAAGAAACAACUAGCAUAAAUGUAAAGGGUAAAAGAAAGACUGAAUCACAAGCUACAUUAGAAAUUGAGAAAGUUAAUAAUAGGAUAGUUAGUAAAGAAAGUAGUAGAAGGAGAUCAGAUAGCUUCAUUACCAAGGAAAGAGGGGAUAGUUUGCCAAGCGAAACAAAAAUGAAAAAGGUAGAAGAGGUUAUUAAAAUAGAACCAACAGCAGGGCCUAGUGCAGAAAAAGAAUUUGAACAAAUAUGCCCAUGCUGUGGGAUGAAGUUUGAUAAACCAGUUGAGCAACAUUUAGAUGAAUGCUUGACAUUCUUUGACAAUAAUUCUACAAUACCUGAUGAGGGAGCUAGUACUAGUUAUACUAAUAAUUCAACUGUACUUAUAGAAGACGAUGAGGAUGACAUUUUUGAUGAGACCCAGAUACUGAAUGCUACUGGAACUAAGACUCCUUGCCCUUGCUGCAUGAAAAUGGUCGAGAUAGAGGAUAUGAAUGCCCAUUUAGAUUUCUGUUUGAAGUAAAAUUUGGGGUAUGUUUACAAG